AUGAAGAUCCAUGAGCGCAGCGACACUGGCAGAGAUACCAGCGUGGAUGGCCACGAGAACUUCGACCGAGACACGCAAAUCUGGUGGGUCCAUGAUCCAUUUAUGGAUCACAAUGGACGGAUGAUGUUAAACACUGAUAUGUGCCUGGCCUUUAGUGAAAUGGAAGGACCUCGAGGUCCUGGUGGUACCUUGGACUGCUGUGACACUGCUCCGAUUGGGAUUCCUCUGUGCACGCCAGUGCUGGCACACGAGCAUCAAUGCUGUGGCUGGGUAACGUCAGAUCGCAUCUCUGCUGCCAUCAGCAGCAACGGUGGAGUCUACUGCGGAGGCCGUGCAGGGGGAAGAUUGGGGGACGAACGAGAUCGUUGCUGCGGAAACGAGAACAAUGAUUGCGGGGAUCCACGCAAUCCCAACGGACCCGCAGCGGCUGCGGUUCUCAGUUUUGCGGCCACUUGGGCAUUUCAGAACGACGAGUCCGCUUGGGUGACGAGCUUUGCCGCUGCUUGGAAGAUCGCCACCGAGAACGGCCAUGGCGCCCUACGCAGCCUGGGCGAGUGCGGCACCAGCAGCACCAGCAGCGGCAGCACCGGCGACACCAGCGGCGGUGCGGAGGUAGUGACGAGCACAACGGGGAGCUCCAGCACCGUGGCUGAGGCUUUGGGUACGUCGACCACGGACCUCUCCUCAACUGCAACGAUUAGUGC